AUGACGCCGCCUCACGAUCCCGAAAAGGCCUUUGCGCCGCCACCGGCCUCCAGCUCGACGACUGGCGGCUCAUCGUCCUCCUCGCCGCCGUCCGACACCGAUUCCCCCGAGUUCGAGGCCAUCAAGAACCACCACCACAGCCAGCCUCGGUCCCUUCGCAGCCGGAACUCGGCCGAGACCCAGCGCCUCGACAACGAGGACCUCUACGAGACUCUCGAGCGCGCCGUCACCGUCGAUCUCGAGACGGACGAGGAGCGCCGCGGGCGCGUGACGCACACCUUUAGCCACGCCAGCAGCGUCGCCUCGCGCCCACCCGAGUUCGAGGUGCUCUUCGACGAGGGCGACCCCGAGAACCCCAAGAACUGGCCGCUCUGGUACCGCGGCUGGGUCGUCUUCGUCGCCUCCAUCGGCACCUGGGGCACCACCCUCUACAGUAGCAGCUACACGGCGUCCACCCCGGGUCUGGCCGCCGAGUUUGGCGCAUCGACGACGAUUGUCACACUCGGCCUCACCACGUACCUCCUCGGCCUGGCCGUCGGCACCCUCAUCGUGGCGCCGCUUAGUGAGCUCUACGGCCGCCGCAACGUGUACCUCGUGUGCAUCGCCGGCUGGUCGCUGCUCAUCAUCCCGUCCGGAGUUGCGCACUCAUUGACAGCCAUCAUUGUCGUCAGGUUUUUUUGUGCCCUGUUUGGCUCCGUCAUGGUCGGGAAUGCGCCGGGCACAAUUGUCGACAUCUCGCACCCCGACUACCUGGCGCGCACAAUGUCGCUCUUCAGCUUGGCCCCGAUGAACGGGCCCGUCACCGGCCCCAUCAUCGGCGGCUUCGUCUUCCAGUAUCUCGGCUGGCGCUGGGCCAACUGGGUCAUCCUCAUCCUCGGCGGUGCCACCUUUUUCAUGAUGCUCACCGUCAAGGAGACGUAUGCGCCGGCCGUCCUUCGCAAAAAGGCCGCGCGUCUGCGCAAGGAGAACGAUGACCCUCGAUACUGGUGUCAAUAUGACUAUAAGCUGUCGACGCUGCACCUGUUAAAGAUCAAUCUAAGUCGGCCGUUUAUUCUUGCCGCGACAGAACCGAUCUUGUGGUUCAUGAACGUUUGGAUCUCCAUCGUCUAUGCGGUCUUGUACCUUUGCUUCGUCGCCUACCCCGUCGUCUUCUCGCAGCACCGAGGCUGGUCCGCUGGCACCACCGGCCUGUCCUUCAUCGGCAUCGGCAUCGGCACACUUACCUCGCUCUGCGGCGAGCCCAUCUUCCGACGAAUCAUCAACCGGCAACCGCGCGACCCAGAAACCGGCAAGGUUCUUCCCGAGGCGCAGGCUAUCGUCAUGGCCGCGGGAUCCAUCGCGGCGAGCAUCGGCCAAAUGGGCUUCUCGUGGACGUGCCUGCCGACGAGCAUCCACUGGGCGGUUCCCAUCGCGUUCGGCAUACCCUUUGGCUUCGGCAACACCAUCGUCUUCAUUUACGGCUCUAACUACCUCGCCGGUGCCUACGGAAUCUUCGCGGCUAGCGCGCUGUCCGGCAACGCCUUUAUCCGCAGCGUCAUCGGCGGCACGCUGCCGCUCGCAGGGCCGACCAUGUACGCCACGCUGACGCCGCGCUGGGCUGGCACCGUGCUCGGAGUCGCAGAGAUUAUCAUGAUCCCGAUACCGUUUGUAUUUUGGCGGUACGGAGGUCGGAUUCGCGCAAAGAGCAGACUCAUCCGCCAGUUGCGUGAGGAUCAGGCGCGCAUGGACAGCAAGAGGGCCAGGGCGGCGGCGAAGAUGCAGGCAAGGCGGCAGAGGGACGAGAAGUCGUUGGGGGAUGAGACGGUCAUUGUACAGGAGAAGAGCAGCUGA